AUGACUGCCAACCAACCGCAAGGCGAUGCCAUUAUAAUUGGCAUCGACUUUGGAACUACAUUCUCAGGUGUUGCUUGGGCAUACUCUGGACAGCCUGAUGAGAUCGAGAUAGUCACAAGCUGGGACUCUCAACUUAACCAUUGUUCGGACGUCGAAAAGGCGCCCACACAGCUCUUAUACGAUGAGAAAGGCCAGGGUGUCAAAUGGGGCUAUGGACAUCCUGUUGAGGUUGCGGCUUCAACUCAGCUGCAGGAAGCUCACCGCCUUAAGAACAAGGUGAUGAAAGAUCCCAUCGAGAUUAUUGCGACAUUCCUUCGCAACCUUUGGGUUCACUCCACCGACUCUAUCAAGCGUACCCUUGGCGCCGGUUUAGUCCGGCGAUGCAAACUGCAAGUCGUAAUCACGUUGCCAGCCAUCUGGCCUCCAUAUGCCCAGCGGCGGAUGAAGCAAGCCGCUCAACAGUCCGGUAUUCUGGAUGCGCGCUCUGCUGGUACCACCUCCCUGCACUUUAUCUCUGAGCCUGAAGCUGCCGCCCCUGCGACCAUCAAAGAUCUCUCUAAACGGUCAAUAAUCAAGGCUGGUGACACUAUUGUUGUCUGUGAUGCAGGCGGAGGCACAGUCGACCUCAUAAGCUAUGUCUUCGAAUCUACUGAUCCAUUCGUCGUUAAAGAGUGUGUCAAAGGCGAUGGUGGUCUUUGUGGUGGCGUCUUUCUUGACGAGGCUUUCAUCAAACUCAUCAAGAACAAAGUUCCCAAGGGUACAUGGAACUUUGUCGGCCAUUCCGACGAGAAGAAGUUCCUAAACGAUCAAUGGGAGCACGGAAUUAAACCCCAGUUCGAGAAUCAGCCUCGGACAUGGCCAGUCGAUCUGCCGGAAAGUUGCAGUAGCGACUUAUCCACGGGCUUGAAGCGCCGCGCGACACUUGAUCUCACCUCUGAUGAGAUAUCAUCGGUGUUCUGCCCGAUCGCAGACAAGAUCGAAACCCUGGUCAGCCGCCAAGUAGAUGCCAUUCAGACCAAGUAUCACAAAGAGCCCAAGUACAUCGUUCUCGUCGGAGGUUUUGGCCGUAGUCGCUACCUCUUCAAUCGUCUUGAAGAACGAUUUGGUGAAGACACCAUCCUCCAGUCUCGUGGGACCAAGCCAUGGACUGCGAUCUGCCGCGGCGCUGUUGUACAAGGGUUGCUCCGACACGACCCCUCUUUGAGCGUGGGACUCAAUGUUGAGGCACGCGUCGCUCGAAUGAGCUAUGGUGUCAAAUACUCUACUCCUUUCAUCGUGGGGAAACACAAGAAAGUGGACAAGUAUUGGGAUGAAGAUGAGCAACAACACAAGGCGGGUAGCGCAGUCCAGACCUCCAACACAAUCUACUGCACAGCGACAUUCCCUCCGCCUGCAAGAGCACCUAAGGGAUUAGCCAGUGUUCAAGAACUUUGCACUGUCACCUGGAACAAAACCAUUAAUGCCAGGAAGCUUCCCAAGUGGGCCAAUCGCCAGGGUCAAACUUUCUCGAAGCUCAACUAUCGCAUUGAGAUGGAUUGUGAGGACGGAACUGUGAACUUCAAGAUCAUUCACAAGGGGGCAAGGGUCGGCGAACAAAACUUCGAAGUCUAG